GUCCAAGUACCGGUCGAGGCCUGUGACCAGUACUCCACCUGCUCCGAGUGCCUGAGCUCGGCGGACCCCCACUGUGGCUGGUGUGUCCUGCUCAACAUGUGUUCCAGGAGGGAUCGCUGUCCGAGAGCCGAUGAGGCGUUCCGGUUCGCCACCACCAUUGAGCGCUGCGUCCAGGUCAUCGCUCACCCGGACAGCAUCGCCGUGUCCAGUCACAGCGUGCCCCUGCUGCUUGAGGUGAAUAAUGUUCCGGAUCUUUCUGCGGGCAUCACCUGCUCCUUCGGCCAGCAGGCGCAGGCUGAGGGCCACGUCAACGGCAACCGGGUGAUGUGUCUCUCCCCCGACAGCAGAGAGGUCCCACGGAUCCCCGAGGGACAGGACUGGUCGGGGGUGGAACUGCGUCUCAACUCCAAGGAGACAGGUCAAAUGGUCGCCAGCACUGAGGUCAAGUUUUACAACUGCAGCGUCCAUCACACGUGUCUCUCCUGUGUGAACAGCACCUUCCACUGCCACUGGUGUAAAUAUCGCAACCUGUGCACCCACGCACCCAGCAGCUGCUCCUUCCUGGAGGGACGGGUCAACGCCUCAGAGGACUGUCCUCAGCUGCUGGACUCGGGUCAGAUCCUGAUCCCGGCGGGCGAGGUCCGGCCCAUCACUCUGCGGGCCCGGAACCUUCCCCAGCCGCAGUCGGGCCAGCGCGGCUACGAGUGCGUGGUGCAGGUGCAGGGCUCCAGCCAGAGAGUCACCGCGCUGCGCUUCAACAGCACCAGCGUGCAGUGCCAGAACAGCUCGUACAUAUACGAGGGUGGUAAGAUCAGCGACCUGGCGGUGGGCCUUUCCAUCGUGUGGAACGGCAACUUCAUCAUCGACAACCCCGCCAAGAUCAAAGUGAACCUGUACAAGUGCAGUGCCCAGCGGGACAGCUGCGGCAUGUGUCUGCGCGCGGACAGGAAGUUCCAGUGCGGCUGGUGCAGCGGCGAGGGCCGGUGCACCAUGAAGCAGCACUGCCCACCGCUGUCCCCUCACGCCAGCCGCUGGAUGGACCAAUCCGCCCGCAACAUCAAGUGCACCAACCCGCGCAUCACAGAGGUGAGCCCCGUGGCUGGGCCAACGGAGGGCGGCACCAUGGUCACCAUCCAGGGCCUGAACCUGGGCCUGUCCUUCUCAGAGCUCCAGGGCAACGUGGAGGUGGCCGGGGUGGCGUGCACCCCCCAGGAGGAGGGAUACAUCACGGCCGAGCAGAUAGUGUGUGAGAUGGCCCCGGCCCCCCAGCGCAGCCCCCCAGGUCCGGUCCAGCUCUGUGUGGGGGAGUGCAGACCAGAGCUCCGAGCUCUGUCCUCACAGAUCUACUCUUUCGUGACCCCCUCCAUGCUGGCGCUCACCCCAGCCAGGGGGCCCGAGUCUGGGGGAACCAAAGUCACCUCGUGGGGGAGAACCUGGGGGCUGGCAGCUCUGUUCUCAUCCGCUUCGGGAAUCAGACUUGUGAGCUGUACAGGAGGACCACUUCAGAGAUAGUGUGUUUCUCCCGCUCCGUCUGUGACCGCGCCGGCUCGCUGCCCGGUCACCUUGCGGGUGGACCGGGGCCGGGCCCCCUGGGGAGUCUUGCCUUUGAGUACAUAGAGGACCCCACCGUCCAGCGCAUCGAGCCCCAGUGGAGCAUCACAAGGUGGGCAGUGGCAAAGCGUUUGAUUAUGCAAUGUGAAGUAUUUCAAAGU